AUGUCGGCAUCAGCACCGGGAACUCGGCACGUCCGCCAUCACUUUGCCGACGCCGACGCCGACAACGCCCCCGUCGAUGAUGAGACGGGCGAAGGCGGCUCAAGGAGUCACGACGGCACUCUGUGCGAGACGGACAAAGCGUGCAUAGUGACGAUCAGUAGCACGAGUGGGCGGAUUGUGCAGAUCGACUCGGCUGGAUCUGCCUCUGCCGUGAUCGCCGCCGUGUCUGCCGCCAAAGCCACAGCCGCUGCCUCUGGCUGUUCGCUCUCUGUCCUCCGCGCCGCGGUAGCCAUCCCGGGCCUUGUGGACAUGCACACGCACGGGCUGACGGGCGACGGCGACGGAUGCGCCGACGUGGUGGAGGCAUGGGCCGUGCCGGAGCCCUCGCUCGCACGCCUCGCCGCCGCAGGCACUACUUCGGUCGUCCCCUCGCUCACCUUUCCCACCCACAGGUGGGACGCCACCUGCGCCGCUCUGUGUGCCCUGGCCCGUGCUGCCGGUGAGGGGCGGGGGGCGGGCGAGGCGAGCAAGGCGGGCGUGGGCGACUUGGCCGAGGCCGGCGACUCGGUGCGGGCGGGCGACUUGGCCGAGGCCGGCGACUCGGUGCGAGCGGGCGACUUGGCCGAGGCCGGCGACUCGGUGCGGGCGGGCGACUUGGCCGAGGCCGGCGACUCGGUGCGGGCGGGCGACUCGGUGCGGGCGGGGAUCGGCAAGGCGGAGCGAAGCUGGAUGGGCGCGCGGGUGCUGGGCGUGCAUGCCGAGGGCCCUGUGGUAGCAGAUGCGGGUGGGCUGCCUGAUCCGGGCAAGCGGGCGUGGGCAAGGGAGAGCGCGGCGGCUGUGGAACGGGUGUUGGACGCAGCAGAAGAGGCAGGGAUUGCUGUCAAGGUCAUGACCAUCGCGCCGUCGGCAGACGCAGUGUCUGGGUAUGCGGGAAUCGCAGCGAUGGUCAAGCGCGGAGUGGUGCCGGCGCUUGGACACGACCGCAGCGCGCAGUGGGACCAGGUCAUCGGCGCGCUCGAGGCCGCCGCCCCAUCCCGCUGCCAUCUCACCCAUGUCUUUAACGUGCAGACCUUUCAUCAUCGGCUCCCAUCGCUGGGCAACCUCGCGCUCAUGCGAAGCCUUCCGCCAAGCCUGGCCCACGUCCCGAUGCCGACAGCCGAGGCCGUGGGCGACGGCCUCCACCUCCAUCCGACAGUCAUGCACGCCCUCGCCACCAUCCGCCCACCGACCUCGCUCGCCUGGAUCUCCGACUCGAUCCUCACUCCGUCGGCUGUCGGCGACCACGCGUACUGCGGCCGUCGGGUGGCCAUCGGCUCGGUCCCGGGCUGCUCCACGCCGGCAGUCGUGCUCGCCAGCGGCGACACGGACGCUGCCCCAGUCAUCGCCGGCUCGUGCAGUGCCCUCCUUGAUACGGUUCGCCUCCUCGUCAACGAGCUCGGCAUUGCGCUCGACGACGCCGUCCGCACUUGCGCUACCACGCCCGCAGACAUUGUCGGCGCAGACCAUGUCGGCCGCCUUGCUGUCGGCGCCAUGGGCGACGUACUCCUCCUCGACGCCGAUCUCGCACUCAUUGCUGUGAUUAUGGGUGGCGUGCUUGUCCCGGCAUCAGGCUAA